AUGAAGUCUUCGAGUGUGAAGAUUCAGCAAGGGACAAUUAGCAAUGACGAAUUCCAUGCCGCUAUCACUGCAUUAGCCCCUGCUGCCCCGAAAACCCCUCCUCGAAGCAUCCCGACGCCUGUUAGCAGCACGCCGGUGGUCCGCUCCACGUCGUCGUUUCAGGGCAAGGAGCAGACCAAGAAGAUACUGAAUCAGGCUCUCUUGUACGAGCUCAACGGGACUAUCUUUCGAGGCGUAAACAGCUUCUUCGAAAAAUACUUCGAAAGCUAUAUACCAUCCACAUACCACAGCGCUCCGAGCAUCAGCGCUCUGACGGGCAGUAAGGCCUUGCAGCAGCUCGAUGUCUUCCUGAAGCCUAGAGGCGUUGAUACUUCCAAAUACAACUGGAAGGAUAUACUCGUUCUCAGAGAGCAUAAGCAGUCACACCCCAGCCCUAAAACGCUGCUGCUACAGCUCUCUCGCUACAUGUACAAUCUCUUUAUCAGCCAGCUUAUCCGUCGGUUUGCUUACAGAUUCUUCCUAUACGGAACCAAGAUGGAGCUCUGGAUUUUUGAUAGAUCAAGCUCUUACAGCUCUAGCGAAUUCGAUAUUCACAAGAAGCUCAAUAAGUUUAUACUCUUUCUGGCUGGAUAUGCAUUCAUAAGCGAUAAGAAGCUCAGCCUCAAUACUUUUACUAACUGCAGAAGCAGCAAGCGCACUAUUACUCUUACAAGCAAUAUGUAUAGCAAGAAGAGGAAACUACAGCUAGAUCAGAAGCUAUUCAUUAAGCAGAGAGCACUCCCAGAGGCAGAUCAUCUUAGGCUUGCUUACGAGAAAGGCAUUGAGGGCAUUGCUCAGUUUGUAGGAUAUCAGAGAAUUACGAGCAUUGCUAAUCUCCGCAGCAAUCUCUUCACCAAUCAAUCUGGAUCCCUAACACAAGUACUGCAGCUAGCUCGCCAGAAGAGCCAUAACUCAAGAAAGCGAGCGUCUGUUGACAGCCAGAAUAUAGCUACUGCUAAGAGGCAGAAGUCUAACAGCCACUCCUCAGGGCUCUGCUACGAGCUGAAACCUGAUACUCCGAGCAGUCUAUACAAUCGGAGCUCUAAUUCAUACAACAACCGCCAGCUCGGCUGCCUCGCUAUCUCUCCUGCAGGGCAAGACGUUAUCAGAGCUCAUCGAUCUCUGUACUUGACCAGCAAGAUUCUAUAUAAAGAUAUCUCGAAAAACAAUAUUAUCAUUACAGAUCCUCGCUAUGCUAAUGAAUUUACCGGAAUGCUAAUCAAUCUUAACUUAGCUAAGCAGAUAAGCAGCGGUAGAUCAGGUGCAUGCUAUCAGACUGGCACAAUGGAGUUUAUGGCUAUCGAGGUCCUACGGAACGCUGAAUACACCUUCCGACACAAUCUGGAGUUCUUCUUCUAUGUUCUCCUCUGGGGGCUUAUGCAUGCUGAUGGCUUUGAUGAGCUUCUGGCUCAAUUUCCGCUAUCCCUUGCCUAUGUUAAGCUACUAUGCAGCGAACUUCGCCGGAUUCUAUUUCUCAUCUCAGCUGAAAGCAAGUUAUAUAUUGGCACGCUGCCAGAAUCAGAAUCUCUAUACGAUGCUACUAUUAAAGAAUUCAACAAUGCAAUAUCUAGCAUUGUAUCUUAUCCGGACUCCUGA